AUGUGCCGGAAUGCAGGCAAUCUAGAUGAGCCGUUCAACAAACACCGUUCAAGCGUGCGAUAUUCCCGGAACAGGAAACAAAAGGCCAAGCUUCACGAGAAGGUGAGAGAUGAGAAGGCGGAGGUUGAGCGUUAUACAAACGCCGCUGAGACAAGGGGAGCUACGACAUGCAAAGGCCGAGCAGGUACAGGCAAGACUUACCGUGGCGGAAGUUAUAGCAGCAGUAGAUGGGGAAUGGUUGAAGGUCGCAAGUCGCAGCAAGUCGCAGUAGAAAGAGAAGAAGGGGAGAGGGAUCGUGGUAGUAAUAAUAAGAAUAAUAAUCCAGCUACUUGA